AGACACUUAGAGCAGCAGGGCUGGCAAACAUGAAGCAGGUAUUCAUCAGCGUCGCGCUUGCCGUGCUAGUGGCGGCGGCGGCCGACGAUGCGCUCCAGGUCCAGUACAGGAGGCACCAUCGGCGCCACCAACCAUCCCCACCCUCGCCGCCUCGAGCACCACCCACGCCGCCGCCCACCACCAACAUGAACAACAACCCUUUGUGUAACAGUACAUUAUCUCCGGAGGAGGAGAGCUUGGGGUCGCGGGCGGAGUGCCCUCGCACGCCCCCGCUGCCGCGUCCCUUGGAGCCCCCGUGCUCCUGCCGCACUAGAGCCUUGCCGACCGAGUGCGCGAUGCCCCUGGCGGGCCUGAUGGCCUGCGUGCCCUUCAUCACAGGUACCCAGGACCAAACCCCCACGCCGCAGAGCCAGUGUUGCGCCGGGCUCGGGGCCUUCUUCAACAGCUCGUCGACCCUGCGCUGCCUGUGCCCGGUGAUCCUGGGAGACGUCAGCAAGAUGCUGCCCAAGCCAGUUGAUCCCAUUCGACAGAUGUAUCUGCCCAUCGCCUGCGGCGUCGUGCUUCCACCCCAGGCCCUCUACACCUGCUUAACCGGGCACCCAGCCCCAGCGGUAGUAGAAAAUUUCUCUCAGCUCUGGGAAGACAAGUCGUCGUCUCCUGCAGCUCUGUCGUCACCGUGAUAUAUAUAUCAUGCAUUCAUCGUGCAGCUCAUGAUAUAUAUACUCCAAAUUAAAGUUGAGGAAAAUGCCUCGUACGUGCAGUAGUAUCUGAUCCAUAUGUGUCAGCAUGCACUUCAGAAAUGAACCAUUAGGGUUUGAUCCAUGUAAGCUAAGAGCAUGUUCUUAAAUUUAAAGGGCACAAUGGCCAAAGACAAGGACUCUACUUAUCAUUCAA